AGUCGCCCCGGAUUCCUGGGUCCAGCUGCUCUCACCUCCCAGCCUAAACGCUCAGUCAAAAAACAGAAAGAGCUGGGCAGAGAGACGUCCUCAGUAACCGGAGAAGACGGCAGGGAGCACGCCAGAGGAGCGAGUCCCAGAGGGAGUUAAGGACGGGGAGACUAGCCUGGGAGAGCUUCCUCAAGAAGAUCGAGAAUGACGGUGAAGACCACCAAGCUCUGCGCCAGUACCAAUGUUUAUAGCCAAGUGCCUGAUGGAGGAUGGGGCUGGACCGUAGCCUUUGCUUUCUUCUUUGUCGAAGCGCUCACGUAUGGCAUCAUCAAGUCCUUCGGCGUCUUCUUUAACGACUUAAUGGAAUGCUUUAAGGAAACCAAUAGCAGGAUCUCCUGGAUAAUAUCCAUCUGUGUGUUUGUAUUGACAUUUUCAGCUCCCCUGGCCACCAUCCUGACGAAUCGUUUCGGCCACCGCCCGGUGGUGAUGGUCGGAGGAGGAAUCAUCAGCAUCGGGAUGGUCCUGGCCUCUUUCUCCCGCACGGUUUUCCACAUGUACAUCACAAUCGGGAUCAUCUGCGGUUUGGGUUUCUGCCUUAGCUUUCUCCCAACUGUCACCAUUCUGUCCCAGUACUUUGACAAAAAGCGUUCGCUGGUCACCGCAGUUGCUUCCACAGGAGAGUGUUUUGCCAUGUUUACGUGUGCUCCAGCUAUCACAGCUCUGAAAGAACAGAUCGGCUGGAGGCACAGCCUCAUGUUCGUGGGCGUGUUGCAGUUAAACAUCGUCAUCUGCGGGUUACUGCUGCGGCCGAUCGUGAUCAAAGCCCCGGAGGUGGUCAAGAUCCCCGCCGCCGAGGGUCACACCGAAGGGCAGCACAUGCUGGAAUACGAGAAGACCCGCACCUCCAUCGACUCCAUCGACUCGGGGGUCGAACUCACUACCUCACCUCGAAACGCCCCCGGCCAGGCCAAGACCGACAAGAAAAGCCACGACCCAAAGAAGAACGGCCCGAAUCCGGGACAACCCAGCGGCGAGCAGGCCAGCAAGAAGACGCCCCUGUUGGACUUUUCCAUCAUGAAGGAGCCCUAUUUCAUCUGCUACGCCCUUUUCGGGCUCUUCUCCACCCUGGGCUUCUUCGCCCCGUCCCUGUACAUCAUCCCGCUCAGCAUCAGCCUGGGCAUCGACAAGGAUCAGUCGGCCUACAUGCUCUCCGCCAUGGCCAUCGCGGAAGUCUUCGGGAGGAUCGGGGCCGGCUGGGUCUUCAACAGGGAGCCGAUCCGGAAGAUCUACCUGGAGCUGGUGUGCGUCCUCUCGCUGACCGCGGCGCUCUUCGCCUUCACUUUCGCUUCGGGAUUCUGGGGGCUCAUGAUCUGCAGCGUCUUCUUUGGGGCCGUGCUGGGCACGGUCACGGGGACUCACAUCCCCCUGCUCGCCGAAGACGACGUGGUGGGGAUCGAGCGGAUGUCCUCGGCGGCCGGGGUCUACAUCUUCGCUCAGAGCCUGUCGGGCCUGGCCGGACCACCUCUUUCAGGGAUGCUGGUGGACAGCACCAACAGAUACAGCUCGGCCUUCUACUCCUGUGCCGUGGGUACCCUCCUGGGCGCCGCCUUCCUGGCUUUAGUGCGGCCCUGCAAGAUGGGACUGUUCAGCCGGCAGCGCCAGGCCAAGGACAAAGGCAACUCCAAAGCUCUACAAGACCUACCCGAAGACUUUCUCGAGAUGGACCUCGGAAAACCGGACGCCUCCGUUCCCAAUCGCGAAGACCUAGUAUGAUCGACCGUUCCCCUGAAGCGCAGCACUGUGUCCACUAGAAAAACAAACCGACAAAAACACACUAGAUAAUCACUCUGCUCCACCGUCGACAUUUUAAAGGGAAUGUAAACGUGAACUGUGCUCCCAACUACUUCGUUUUUUAAGUUUUUCUUUUUUUUACUGUUUCUUUUUUAAGCCAGUCAAAAACCACUUCCAUAGAGAACUUGGCUUUAGACAACUAGCAAUACAAGAAAAGCGUCAGAGAUCCAUGGGUUCGCAUUUGGGUUUUUAAAGAGGGGGACGAACAUCCGAGAGGUUCAGGUAGAUUCCAGUUCCACGCGGCAAACGGGUGAAUUUCCGACCCUCGAUCCAGACGGAAGGGGCCCUUCCCGAAUCGGAAAUUGCCAGUGGCACUGCAAGCUCCAGACCUGCCUUGGGGGAUGAAUAGAUGAAAUAAAACCGGUAAUUCUGCCUUUGAGGUCUCCAUUUAGUUAAACCGGGCUCUUAUUUUUCUAGAUGAAAUUCUGAUUCUGGGAAGUUGGGAGGGUGUUGGGGAGAGAGGAUGAGUUAGACUGGGAAUACUAUAGUCUUUCUGAUUUUUAAAGAAUGAAACUUGAACUUCAGAAUAUGGAGAUUAUCCUUUAUUUUUAUGGCCAGUUGUUAUCACACACAUUUCCAUACUAGUUAGUUGCCCAGAAGACCACCCUGAAUGUUUCCUGCUUGGUUUUAGGCAGUAGAAUCUCCGGGACUGUGUCGUCUUUAAUUUAAGCCAGUAUUUAUUCAUCGUUAAGUUAUUUUAGGAGGGCUGAAGGAAGUUAUUCGGAUAGGGAUAGGUUCACGUCGGACAAAUCUAUCAGCUUUUGCGGGAAGCGUUGUUAUUUUACCUCCUAGCAACCUAUCAAGAAUGCUGCUGUUUUGUCAGGUUAGUUCUCUAAUAGCCCACAGGGUUAGUUUUGCUGUGAACUGAUCACUGAUGACUUGACUUUCAGAAAAAAAACAAAACUAAGAUGGACAAUGAACCACCUUCUUCUAUGGCGCUGCGGGGGAGGGUUUGUUGUUAUUUUACACGUGCUUUUUAAAAAUCGGUGUCACUCAGAAUGGCAGAAUCAUUUUCGAUCCAAAGCAGGUGCAGUCGCUACUUCCUAAGGAGUAGCGGGGACAUUUCCAUCGUGAGGUACCAUUUACGUCUUAUUUAGUAGAAAUGCCGGUGGUUUUCGGUAAGAUGCCUGGGGCAUUGGCCAGCCGUUUAUUUUUGGAAAGUUUAAAAUCUACAUACGACAUUCCCAGCUUUGGCGUGAUAUAUAAAGAGAAGUUAAAAGCCACUGGGCAGUUGGUUUGCUCACCCUCUCCGUCGUUUGUACGGAAUUCCACCUGGCUAGCGGUGGCCGCCACUUGCCGUUCCACCUUUACGCGGCUUCGAGGUUCAUUUUCGGCAUCUCAGGGGAACGAGUUGAACAAGCCUCGUUGGGUUCCGGGUCCCUCAGGACGCGGCUCAAAUACUUCUCUGCGAUAAAGGAGAGCGGUGCCCUGCACCAUCCGCUGCAUCUCAAUGCGUUUUAAUCAGCUGUAGGAAAAUAUCAAGACGAUCGGUGAAACGGGG